CUUCUAUGUUGCGUAGUGAGGUGUGCGCUGGGCUAACAAUCAGUGUUUGCUCCUAUCCCCGGUGCCAGCACAUGGAAAGGAUAGGCACCUGCAGUUCCUGGAUGAUUCGACACCUCUCUGUAUCUACAGCCAGAGCAUGACAAGAAAGCUGUCCUGUUGGCUGAGCUCCAGCACAACCACUGCACUUUUUUUCUGCCUCAGGUGACCUGCCAUUCGAGCUUGCUAAGCCACGCUGCAUCGGAGACCCGGGAGAGGGAUCCACCCCAGGCUGCCCCGUGCAUCUGCCUCCUGAGAACGCCUUUAUUUAUAGACUUUGUGUUGUUUGUAUUUUACCACAAGUUACCAACUGAGAGGAUGCCGUGAGAGUGAAGCCAGGAAAGAAAGGAGUCCUUUCUGCAACGGAAGUCGAAGCCACUUCCCGGAUGCUAACGAGGUUAUUCUGUUGCUACUGAAGACAGUCUCUGCUCUUUCACUCCCUUCCCCCUCCUGCAUGAUCCAAUAAUGGACAACAUACUUUAUGAGCCACAAUGUGUGAUGCUGAGAGCUCCAGAACUAAUUCUCAUGUGUAAGACUCUAAGCUAGGAAUCAGGCUUUAGAGAGUGACAUUCGAACAGGACAACAACGAGGAGGAACAAAAGACGAGACUAAGUGAAAGUGAUGGCGGCUGCUGGAGAAGAGGAUGCCUCUGACCGUCUCGGUGGACCUGAGAGCACUGCAUCUCCUGGGGAUCCCUCCCCUGAGGAGCUUUCUAAAGCUGGUCCUGAAGAGGCUCUUGAAGAAGUGAAGCUGGAGGAGGAGAAGCUUGAAGAGGAGGAAGAGGAGGAGGAAGCAGUUGAGGAGAAUAGAGAACAACGUGGCGUGUUGGGAUGCCUUGGGUUGACAGCUGCUUCCUGCUGUGUGUGUAUGGAGCUGGAGCAAGUGCGUAACUGCGUGCGCUCAGAGAAAAUCUGCAUCCUGCCCAUCCUGGCAUGUUUGCUGAGCUUAGCACUUUGCACUGCUGGCCUAAAGUGGGUCUUUGUGGACAAAAUCUUUGAGUAUGAGCCCCCAACUCAUCUGGAUCCCAAACCUAUUGGCCAGGACCCUAUCAUUAUCGACGCGGAUCCCACAAUGGGACUACCCGUGUCUUUUUCACACCCCACCCCAACACAAACCCAUCUCCCAGACACCGCCACUAAACUCCCUGCGCGUCCUGCGGUGUUUGUAGAGGGCGAUUCCACAGCAGGCACUUUUGCAUCAGUUGAACCCAAGGAGACCAAUUUUUUGCCCACCUCAAGAUUGACUACUCGGUUAAACCCAGCCUCUAAGCCCACCCCCAGAACUACAGCAGAACCUGGCAGGAACAACACACCAAGCCAACAUGAAUCUAACAACAUAGUUACUAAAACAUCUCCCACCAGCACCACGACGUCAGCCAAGACGUCUAGUCAUAUGACACGUUGCACAGGGGUGGAUACGAAGUACUGCGUGAAUGGGGGCGAGUGCUUUACUGUGAAUGUCGUAGCCAACAGCACCAAAUACCUCUGCAGGUGCCCAAAUGAGUUUACUGGUGAUCGCUGCCAAACCUACGUAAUGGCCAGCUUCUACAAACAUCAUGGGAUUGAAUUUAUGGAAGCUGAGGAGCUGUAUCAGAAACGCUUAUUAACAAUAACAGGCAUCUGCAUUGCUCUCCUAGUUGUUGGCAUCAUGUGUGUGGUGGCCUACUGCAAAACAAAGAAACAGAGGCAAAAGCUGCAUGAUCGCGUGAGGCAGAGUUUCCGAAAGCGCAAUGCCAUGGCCGACAUGGGCAAUGGCUCCCACUACCCCCAAUGCCUCCAUGAGCCACCACAAAGCCUGCAGCUUGUUGAUUAUGCAUUGAAAAACGCUGUCCCUGCUGAGCAUGUGAUCGAGAAAGAAACAGAAACUUCAUUUACCAUGAGCCAGUACACUUCGCCGACUCAGCCUGCCACCGCCAUCACCGCUAGCCUCAGCCAGGGUUGGAGUAAUAAAAAGCCAGAGAGUGUAGUGUCCGAGAGUCGUGCGGUCUCGGGGGUACCAAACAACCGGAAUGGCACUUCGAGUCAGCGCGGUCGUCUAAAUGCCACUGGAGGAUCCCGAGAUGUCAACGUCCGCAUUAAAAACCCCAGAGAAACCACGGAUUCCUACAAAGAGUCUCCACACAGUGAGAGGUAUGUUUCGACUGUAACAACACCGACACGCCUCUCGCCUGUGAAGUUGCUUUCCCCGGCAACGCCCUCCUCUCCUCCCUCUGAAAUGUCAGCACCUCUCCCAAGCCUGGCAACCUCUAUUCCUUCCAUGGCGAUGAGUCCAUCGGGUGAGGAGGAACGCCCUUUGCUGUUCCUCACGCCUCCGCCGCUCAGAGAGAAAUCGGAGACCAGCCGAGCCCAGCAGCUCCGCAACUCAGCCCACUACAACCACGGCCUGGACGAGAUGAGCCCUCCACUCAGCCCGCUGCACAUCCAGGAGGACAAGCAGCGAGAGAACAUGCAGGAGGACAAGUCUGUGUCCUGUGCCCCGCCCACAUCUGCUCCUCACAGCCCCAAGGCCCUGCGAAACUCUAAAAGAACAAAAGCCGGAUCUAAGAAUAGUCUGGAAGAGCAGAGUGGAAGCAGUUCUGAAAGCAGCAGCUCAGAGAGUGAGGCGGAGGAAGAGCGCUUGGCCGAGGACACGCCGUUUCUCAUACAGAACGCUGCGAUGGCGGGCAUGACUGUGCUGGGACUGGAGCUGGUAGAUAGCAGCAGGACUAAUGCCGCACUGCAUCUCUCCCCACAAGACGAUCUACAGAGCAGACUGGCCAGCGUAAUGGCUAACCAAGAUCCAAUUGCUGUGUAAAAGUGAAUAUACCAUUGAAAAAAAAUAAGUCAAAGGAUACCUGUAAGAUACUAAGAGUAAACACUAAACAUUUAUUUUCUAUAAAUUAAGUAUUUGAGGGAAAUAAAAAAAAUAACUUUUAUUUUAGUUAUGUAGUGCAAAAAAACUCUUUUAUAAAUUAAUUGUGUAUAUAAGGUGUUUGCUUCUUGAAGUGCCAUUUGUUAUAUAUAUGUAUGUACAUAUGGUCUCAGUAUUUCAAAGGCAGAAACAAAAUCAAUGGUGCCUUUAAUUUCAGCAUGGAGAACGAAAGGAAACUGCAUUAUGACCCUGAGCUAUAUAUUCAUGACCUUGAGCCAGCAUCCAGCACUGCUACAAGCCACGAUCCGCUUAUGAAGUUUAAAAAACUGCUGAAAAAUUAAUCUUAACAUAUAAAAAACUCAAUAAUAUUAGUUACUGGUUCUAAGGUUAUUAAAGCUCAGCACUAGAGAUCAGAUUUAGUAGAUAGGCAAGGGAAAAUUAUGGUUUAAGCCGGUGGAAUUUUGUCUAGUUUGCCUGUUACUGAAUGAAUAUAUGGCUCACUACGUCAAUAAUUCAACACAUCCGUUGGCUUUACAGUAAUGCAUUGUGGGGAAGGUUUAGCACCGAUCUAAGAACUGGUCUACACAGUGUAAAGUAAACGCCAAAAAAAUGUAAGCAUUCUCACAUCAAUAUUCUUGUACAACGUUAUAUCAUUUCCAAAGUGUCUGUUGUGUUAGUUUGUUUCACAGAUGUGAUCACUUGUGCAAAAGGUGCACUCGCUUAACUGUAUUUUGCAGCCUAAAAAAAAUAUGUCGGACAAGAAAAAAAACACACAAGUUCGCAGACACUAACUUGUAAUGAAGCUGAAUAGUGGAUAACAUGCCUCACUUUAUAAAUCUCUGUAUUGUAUCUGUUUAAGGUGUCAGAAGCCUGAAAGUUUUAAAAAUAUUCGUCCAGUUCAAACAACAAUUUUCUCUUUUUAUUUCAUUUUUUGUUUGCUUAAUCUAGAUUUUUUUUUUUUUUGAGAACUGAAGAAUUUUUUUAUAUAUAUAUUUUCUGCGACAUACCAUACCAACACUAUUUUUGUUGUUUUUAUUUCUGAUUUAUAUAUAUAAGCCAUCAUAAAAUUUGGCCCAUUUACAUUCUGCAUUUUAUAGUAUUUAUUUUGUCUAUUAUUUAUUUAUUUAUUUAUUUAUUUAUUGCUUUGGCCUUCUAUAGUCAGUUCAAUAUAGUCUAUAUUUUAAAAGUGUUGAAAAUAUGCAUUUGAAUAUAUAGAUAUAUAUAGAUAUAUAUAAAUCAGUAUUUGUAAAACUGCUUUCACUUUUCCACCAUUCCAUUAUAUUCUCACAUAUAUAUUUUUUCUCUUAUGUUGGAGGCCUAAUGUAACAUGCAAUAUGAAUAAAUAUACAGCUGAUUAUAUUACCAGUGUUUGGUUAUAUCGUCUAUAACAUUAAACCACAGAGAGCCUCUUAAAAAUACCCCAUGAUGCAUUGCUUUCAAACCAAGGAGUGUCUGUCAGAUACACCUGUCUGUGUAAAUAUGCCUCCACUAUGAGUUCCUUAAUUUGCAUACGACAAAAAAACAGCAAGUCUUUUUUUUGGGGGGGGGGACUUCAUAAACAAUUUUUUUUUUUACAUUUCACCACUGAUAAAUUUGCAACAUAACAACAGCUAAUUAAAUACAACAAUUUGUAUUGUUACUAUAUAUUUUUUUCUUUUUCAUAUCAAAUGACAUGUAAAAUUGUAUGUUAAUUCUUACUGGGUCUCUGUGCCAAUGUGGUCGAUUCUGAUUAUACUGUUCAACUACAUUACAAAUGCAAGAGAAAUACAAAAUAAACCAUAGUCAAGAUAACUGCAUGAACACACAAAAAGGACAAUUGCAGGCAUGUUUUGCACUAAACAUGCAUGAUCACAGAUGUCAAUCAAACCCAUGGCAGAAGUCACAGACUUGGAAAGCUCUCUCUACUCUUUUCUGUUUCAUUAAAGAACUCUCCAUGUUCAUCUAC